UUCUUCACAUAAAUAAAAGAACAUGCCAUCGAUCCCUCGCGCUCGAGUUGUUGUCAAUGGAGUCCAGAGAAUGAGGACAUACCAUUACUAUUGGUGUAGACAUUGUCAAAGAUCCAUUAGGACAACUUCAGCCAAUCCAUUUGAAAUUUUAUGUCCUCAUUGUUAUGGUCAAGUUUUCUAUGAACUUGAUGUGACAAGGCCUAGGCUUGUACUUUCUAAUGUCACAAGGCUACAACCACAACCUUCCUCCAAUUCUCGCCUUCUUGAUGCCUUAGCACUCAUGGUUGAUCCACCAAUUAGGCAACAAAACAACGAUGGUGAUGAAAAUCAUCGUAGGACUAGACAACGUGCUCGUGUCAUUCUCCAAUUUAUUGGCCCUGAUGAUCAACCUAUUAGGCCUGUCUCUCCUGAUGAGAACGCGUUUAAUUUUCCAUCCCUUCAAGAAUUGAUUGAUAAUGACAGGCCUGGGCCACCUCCAACGCCAUCUUCAGCAAUCGAUGCAUUGCCAAGAAUUUACCUAACACCAAACCUUUUGGAAAAUGACUCUGUUUGUCCUGUUUGCAAGGAUGAGUUUGAAGUUGGGAUAGAAGUUAUAGAGUUACCUUGCAAGCAUUUUUAUCAUAUUGAAUGCAUUGUUCCAUGGCUUAGACUCCAUAAUACUUGUCCCGUUUGUCGGUAUCAACUGCAAGGAUUCUCAAACAAUGAGGACCAAAAUGGUUACACUUAUGAAUUUAAUGAACAACAAGAAGAAGAGGACGAGGAGAACAUCCAGAAUCCUCUCAUUUGGGGUUGGACUCAGCUUACCUCUCUUUGGCCUUUUAGUUUGAUGUCAAGUUUGAGACACAGAUACUUCAACACUUUUGAGACUACAACUUCUGCUUUUCCUAGAGGGAGAGCUUGGUGGAAUCCUUGGAUUUUCUCUUGAUAAUGGUUCCUUAUUUCAUUUAAUAACAGUACAGAGUAGUUUGCUUUUUUAUCAUUCUUUGCUUCAAUAGGAACUAAACAGGUAUGUUGACAAAACUAUAUAUCUUUCUGAAUUUGAUGGAUGGAAAUUAUCUGAGAAUGGGGUCAAAAAGAUUCAUAAGG